AUGUUGGCAUUAUUGGCACAAGCUACUGUCAUAUGCAGUCUCUGCUGGAUCUUUUGGAAGUUCUUCAGACAAGUCGUCGUGAAGUCCCCCUUGGACAAUAUUCCUGGUCCUCCGCGCGAGUCGUUUCCAGGGAAUCUACGGCAGAUACUCGAUCGCCAUGCUUGGCCUGUGUAUGAGCAUCUUACUGAGGCAUACCCCGGGAUCGCGAAGCUAGCGGGUCCGCUCGGGACACGCAUGUUGUACGUUUUCGAUCCUGUUGCGAUGCACAACAUCAUCGUCAAGGACCAAUAUGUCUUCGAAGAGGCCGCGUGGUUCAUCAAGUCGAACAAGCUCAAUUUUGGCCCUGGCCUGCUUGCGACGCUUGGGGAUCACCACCGGAAGCAACGCAAGCUCCUGAACCCCGUCUUCUCGAUCGCCCAUAUGCGGCGUAUGAUUCCUAUCUUCAACGAGGUUACGCAUAGGCUCCAGAAAGCCAUCGAAUGCCGCGUCAUCGGAAGAGACGGACCGGUCGAGCUCGACAUGCUCAACUGGAUGGGCCGUACUGCACUGGAGCUCAUCGGCCAGUCCGGCCUCGGGUACUCGUUCGACCCCCUCGUUGCGGACUCUUCUGAUGAGUUCUUGACGGCGAUCAAAGCGUUCCAACCUACGAUCAUGCAGCUUAGCGUGCUCCGCCGUAUCGUGCCGUACCUGCCCGAGUUUGGGCCUCCGUGGUUCCGCCGUAAGCUGGUCGAGCUUAUUCCGAACAAGAAUGUACAGAAGCUACGUCACAUUGUGGACACGAUGCACGAGCGCGCGGUGGGGAUUUACCAGGAGAAGAAGAGGAUGCUCGAGCAAGGCGAUGAGGCGCUGAAGGACAAGGUCGGAGAAGGGAAGGAUUUGAUGAGUAUUUUGCUGCGAGCCAAUAUGGCCGCGUCCGACGACGAUAAGCUGCCUGAGGAGGAGCUCAUUGGACAAGUAGCGACCUUCAUCUUCGCCGCCAUGGAUACGACUUCAAAUGCGCUCUCUAUCACGCUAUCCCUCCUCGCCGAGCACCCCGACGUCCAGGAGAAGCUGCGGAAGGAAAUAAUCGAGGCGUCGAAUGGUGAGGACCUCGGCUACGACACGCUUGUCUCGCUGCCCUACCUGGACGCCGUCUGUCGUGAAACCUUGCGUUUGCACUCCCCUGUCACGACCGUCUUCCGCGAGACCCGGAGCGAUGCUGUCCUCCCGCUGUCCGAGCCCAUCACCGGCAUAGAUGGCUCGAAGAUCAACGAGAUCCACGUCCCGAAGGACACAACGGUCGUCGUCGGGGUCCUGUCAUCGAAUCGUAACAAGGCCAUCUGGGGCGAGGACGCGCUCGAGUGGAAGCCUGAGCGCUGGCUUGACCAGCUUCCGGAGAGCGUUACGGAAGCCAAGAUCCCUGGAAUAUAUUCGAACCUGAUGACGUUCCUCGGCGGAGGUCGCGCGUGCAUCGGAUUCAAGUUCUCGCAGCUCGAGAUGAAGGUCGUCCUGUGCCAGCUUCUCACAAAGUUCACGUUUGCGCCCUCGGCCAAGCCGGUCGUGUGGAACCUGUCCGGGGUGCGCUUCCCGACGGUUGCAGAGGCCACGAAGCCGUCGAUGCCCAUGAUGGUGGGGCUAUACAAGGAGCCCGCCGUCGCCGCCUGA